AUGUACAAAGAUGGUAGAUGGGUUUUGAUCAGUUUUGAUUGAACCAUGGUUGUGAAGCAGAGUUUUUAUUGAUUUUAUUACCAUUAGCAUUGGUUUGAACCAUUGUGAUCUACUGGUUGAAGCUUUUACUAAAAAUAUGACAUAUUUCGUUUAAAGAAUUGGUGAUUCCCAAUAAAUAUUUGACAUGUUACCUUCAGCAAAUGCAGAUGAAAAGACCAUAGUUUUGGGGAAACUCUGUGUUCCAAUUUUGCAAGAGGUUGAGCCUGUGGGACGAUGGUUUGAAGCUUACAUUUCACGCAGUAGAAGAAAUGUGUCUCUGUCAAGUUCUGAACCUGGUGAGAAUUCAAAUGAAAAUAAUGCAGAUAAAAAAGAAAGUAGUAGUUCAUCAAGUUCUGAUAGUGAAGAUGAGAGAUAUCUACUCACUCUGGAUCCCAAGGAGUGGAAGGAGCAAGAUCAUUACAAAGUAAUUGGUUUAAAAAAUAGAAGAUAUAGAGCUACUGAAGAUGACAUAAAGAGAGCUUACAGGAAAAUGGUUCUCAAACAUCAUCCUGAUAAGAGUCAUUCUCGUAAAUCUAAGAUGCACUUAGAUGCUGUUCAGGAAUAUUUCACAUGUAUAACUAAAGCAGGAGAAAUCUUAAUGAACAAGGCAAAACGACGGGCUUAUGACAGCAUUGAUCCAACAUUUGAUGAUUACGUCCCACCUGUUAACCCAAAUUCCAAAAUAAAUUUUUACCAAGUUUUUGGCCCUGUUUUUGAUGCAAAUUCCCGGUGGUCAUGUGAGCAGAAAGUACCAUGUCUUGGAGAUGAAGACUCGACUUUUGAAGAUGUGGAUGAGUUUUACAAAUUUUGGUAUGAUUUUGAAUCAUGGAGAGAAUUUUCAUAUUUGGAUGAAGAAGAAAAGGAGAAAGGCCAAAGUCGUGAUGAACGUAGGUGGAUGGAAAAACAAAACAGAGCCAUGAGGCAGAAACGGAAGAAAGAAGAAACAACAAGAUUAAGAACUUUAGUUGACAAUUGUUACGCUUGUGAUCCUCGUUUGAAGAAAUUUCGCGAGGAAGAGAAAGAAAGAAAGGUGUCGGAAAGAAGAGCAAAAGAAGAAGCAGUGAGAUUGGCAGCUGAAGAACAGGAAAAGAAAAGACAGGAGGCUCUUGAAGCGGAGAGAAUUUUACGAGAAAAAGAAGAACAAGAAGCUAAGGAAAAAGCGCAAGCCGCGAAGAAGGAAAAAGAUAAACUUAAGAAUGCCUUAAAAAAAGAAAAGAAAAGUAUAAGAACGUUUUGUAAGGAGCAUAAUUAUUUUUCAUGUGAUGAGAAAGACUUGGUUGAAAAAAUGGAAUUAACAGAAAAAUUACUAGAAACAUUAACAUUAGAUAGAUUACAAGAUUUACGAGAAUCUUUUAAACAGGAAAAUAAAGAUAAUAUUAGUAAUUUAUUCCUGCAAGAGAUUGAUAAAUUAAAACAAGAGAUAAUCUUGGAAGAGGAAAAGGCUGCAAGAACCGCUCAAGAAAAAAAGGCGGCCAAGGAGAAUGGGAGCGAAACCAGUUCGAGUUCAUUGUGGGGUGAAGACGAACAGGAACUUCUUAUUAAAGCAGUGAAACUGUUUCCUGCAGGAACGAAUACAAGAUGGGAAGUCAUAGCGGAAUAUAUUAACCAUCAUUCGAAAGGCAAUGCUGUAAAAACAUCAAAACAUGUCAUAAAGAAAGUCAAAGAAUUGCAAAGAUUUGACACAACACAAAUAGAAAACGCAAAUAAAAACGCAUUUGCCAAAUUUGACAAGACUCUUUCUUCUCCAUCGACUUCCACUCCAAGUCCAUCAAACCCGACUGAAAGAUAUGAUAACAGUGGUUCCGCCGCAGCACAAAGCACGCCUGCCGUAGAAAGGACGUGGAAAACGGAAGAACAAAAGCUGCUAGAAAAUGCUCUUCGGAAGUACCCGUCAAGUACUCCUGAACGAUGGGAUAGGAUCGCCGAAGAAGUACCAGGAAGAACAAAAAAGGAAUGCAUGAGGAGAUAUAAGGAUCUUGUCGAAAUGGUAAAGGCAAAGAAAUCAGUUGCAGCAAGAACAAAUAAGACGUAGUUUUAAGGUAGUUAGGAUACAGCGGGCAAUAGAUAUUACAAGCCAUGCUCCUGACCAUCUCCGGGCUAAAUAUGGUCACAGGUUUAAGCUGAUCUGCAGGGCUUACAACUUUUCUUAAAAAUCGUUUGACUGCUUUCUUCAUCGAUUUACAUUCGCAUUUCACCAAGUGUUUUAAGAUUUAGGACACAGUUGAUGUACUUUAAUAACUUGGAAAUGAGUAAGUAGCUUAGAAAUGUUCUCAAUCUCUGGUUUUGCAGAAUGGCGAGUUGAAAUCUCCCCCAGUGAAUCAAAAAGCCAUAAAAUGUACAUUUGAGUAAAAAUCUGGCAAACACAGAGGAAAAUAAACUAAAUCCACGUACAAGAUCUCUUGAAAUAAGUUGAUUUAAAACACC